AAAAUACUAUUUAACCACCUCCCAUCCAGCCCAUGUAUAUAAACGGCCGGACAGGAGCAGUGCAGGGUCGGGUGGCCAUUUAUAAACGUCCUCCCCGCCCCCUGCUUGUGUGCGCUCCCUGGAAGCGUAAAGCACUGCGAUCCGGUGCCUGCUGUGUCCUCUGGAUACAGUGGAACACUGAUCAUUGUGCGGGACCUCUGUGUGAGGUCCCAAUCAUGUGAUCACUGAUUGGCCAAUCAGUGACCACAUGCAAAGUAGUAAGCAAGAUGUCACUUGUGACAUCAUUGCUUACUACGUGUGAAAUCUGUGAAUGAUCACAGAGGUCACAUGGUACAAGGCUAUUCACAACAGCCUUGUACCAUGUGACAAACUGUGACCAAUCACAGCUCGC